AUGAACCAUUUGAGGAGUUCUUUGCGAUCAAUUUGUUCCCUAUCCUCGACUCGGCUCUCCCUACCUCACCUUUCAAUCAACAACUCGUUCGCUCUAGCCGUUCACCCCACCUCCAUCCGACGCACUAUGGCUUCCGCAAUGGCAAAGCGCCUGGAGGGCAAGACCAUCCUUGUGACUGGCGCUUCUUCUGGCAUCGGAAGGAGUACCGCGAAAGAGUUUGCACGCACCUCGCCGAAGAAUCUCAAGCUGAUCCUGACUGCUCGCCGCAUUGAUACCUUGAAGGAGGUCGCCGCGGAGAUUAAGGCAGAAGUCGGCGACGGUGUCCAGGUGCUUCCUGUGAAGUUGGAUGUCAGCAAUCCGGAGGAGAUCAAAAACUUUGUUCCAUCACUGCCGGAGGAGUUCAAAGACAUUGAUGUUCUGGUCAACAAUGCUGGUCUCGUCAAGGGCCUUGCGCAGGCCCCCGAUAUUGCGACCGAGGAUAUCAAUGUGAUGUUCAACACGAACGUCAACGGUCUAAUCCACAUGACCCAGGCGAUCCUUCCCAUCUUCAAGAGCCGAUCGGAGGGCGGCCGUGGUGAUAUCAUCAACAUUGGCAGUAUCGCUGGUCGCGAGCCUUACCCCGGAGGUAGCAUUUACUGUGCUACCAAGGCGGCGGUGCGGUCUUUCACAGAUGCAUUGCGAAGGGAGCUCAUUGCAACCAGAAUCCGCAUCAUCGAGAUUGACCCUGGUCAGGUUGAGACGGAAUUCUCCGUCGUGCGGUUUUACGGAGACAAGUCCAAGGCUGAUGCCGUGUACAAGGGCGUUGAGCCAUUGACCGGAGAUGAUAUUGCGGAGGUUGUUGUCUUCGCUGCUGGCCGAAGAGAGAAUGUUGUAAUUGCGGACACACUAAUCUAUCCCAGUCACCAGGCGGGUGCUGGUUCCUUGCACCGCAAGUCAUAA